AUGGAGCGCGGCGGGGGCGGGGGGAGCCUCGAUCUCGCCGGCGGUGGAGGUGGCGGUGGUAACUCGGAUCUGUGUCUUCAGGAUCUUGUGACAGGAUCCGCCACUGGAUUGUCCGUGCAGCAUUAUCAGCAUGCUGCUGCUGCUGCAUCCAUGGCCGGACUCCAUGGAGAUCAUCUGCAGAAUGCAAUGCAUCAUCACGAUGUUCAUGGGAACUCUCAUCAUGACACAUCGAUGCUGCAUAAUACUAGCCAUCAGCUGUCUCAUGAACCGCUAGAGAAGUUAAAGUUGUGGGCAGCCAAUGAUUUCCGAGACGACACAAACAGCCUAGCGCGUCUGGAUUCAACGGGCCACGGUGCACACACUCCGGGUGGCAGUACCCCGAGUACCCCAGGCGCCACACCGACAACGCCCUCAGCAGGAUUUACCUCGGCGCCUCCACGAAACCGAACAAACACCAAUCAAAGGACAGACAUUCGAAAAGGUGUUCGGACACCGACGGAAGUGAAACAAGAAAUUCGAACGGACAUCGUCUCCCCAACGGGUACAGUCGGCAUAAACGACGCAAACGACAAAGAUGGCGGUAAGAAUAAACGCCAGAGACGGCAACGGACGCACUUUACCUCGCAACAAUUACAAGAACUCGAGUCAACGUUCACGAGAAAUCGAUACCCCGACAUGGCGACCAGAGAGGAGAUUGCCAUGUGGACGAACCUCUCCGAGGCGCGAGUGAGGGUCUGGUUCAAGAACCGUCGAGCAAAAUGGAGAAAGCGUGAGCGGAACGCAGCCAAUGCCGCAGCAGCAGCGGCCGCGGACUUCAAAGCGGGUUUCGGUGCAGCAGGUCUGAACAGUUUCAUAGGUCGUGCAGACGUGGACGCGAUGUACAGCCCCUACAGUUCCUACAACAACUGGGCAGCCAAGGUCCCUUCCCCCCUGAACAGCAAACCCUUCAAUUGGGCCCACCUCAGCACAGUUGUCCCAACAGCAUCCCACCACCAUCACCAUCAGCUGGCAGGUGCCCAAGUGGCACCAGUCAACUGCUUCAACGCGUCCACCUCAGUCUCCAGUCACGUCAGUGGAAUGUCGAUGUCAGUCGGUCAAGCAGCCACAUCAAUGCUUCCUGGUAUGGGUUCAGGUCUCGGAGUUGCUGGUUCACCAGUGGCAGCCUCGAGUGCAGCGUGUCCCUACGCAGCACCAACACCACCACAUCCAUACGGACCCCCAGUAUACUCCCAUCAUCGUGCCACAGGACCCACCGAGCCCUGUUCAGUGAUGAAUAGUAGCUUAGCAACCUUACGUUUAAAGGCAAAACAACAUACAAGUGAGUAUGGCUCAGCAAGUUCAUUCAGCACUGGUGGUACAACAGCAACCGGUGGUGGUAGCAUAAGUCCGGUCAGCUCGAGAGCAUCAUCUGGUGGUGGUUUGAGUGCCUGUCAGUAUGCAUUAACAAACAGUACUAAUCCCCAUUCACCAGGACCCGAGCACAACCAAACGGCAAGGGCUCAAGUUUGAGGUGAGGCGGGGGCUGCGUCCAGCCCCCAUCACUCGGUUAAUAAUAAUACCACCACUGGAGGUUCCAUAAGCCAGGUAACAUCUAGCCAAAGUAACUGCAAUUCUCAGGGUAAUGAGGGGGUGAAUCAGAUGAGGACGAGCGAGUGACCCAGGCCAAGAUCCGCUGCAUCGCCAAUGCUAUCGUCAACACCAUCGUCGACAACAUCGCAGCCACACUAUCUCAUGUAUGAUGAGGAAAAUAAUGC